AGCCUGCUGCUGCGGCUGCUGAGCUCACUUUGCUGGUCUGUCUGCCCAUCUUUUGCUGGAGAUGGCAAAGCAGCGUUGACAUGUCUUUGGCCAGGAUAGCAAGGCAGAACUCGACAGACCACCCAUCUGCUUUGCUAGCAGGUAUUUCCUGUGGUGAGCAACCCAGAAUGCGACUCUUGGAGUUCUUCUCUCUUCUCAGUCUGCUGCACGUAGGUAUCCCAUUUGGCCAGGGCUGCCCUGUAGUUAAAACCCGCCUUUGGCGGGUGUGUCGCAGGGAGGAGGGAGGCUGCUUGCCCCAGGCGUGCUUAUUUAUAGCUGUGGAUUCAAGAGGCAAAAAGUUCAGCCGUAAUUGGGGGGGUCUUGUUCUGUAGCCUGGAGAGGAUGUCCUAGGGAGAAAGCUGGCUGACCUUUGCAAGGUUUAGAAGGAGGUGGAUGUCCUCCUCUUGGGGUCAGCCUACAGAGUGCGUGGCAGCAAGGAAUCGGGUUUUUUGCAUUGCCACAGAGUAAAAAAAUGAUGGGCGGCUGCAGCCAGUCCUGGCUCUCUGAGGGCUCCUCUAAAUUGUUGGGUGUGCAAAGACUGUGCGUUGGUCAGCAUACACUGAUCUACACACAUAAAACAAAUUCAUGCACAGGCGUCUUCCAAAAACCCAUCCCAACCCCAUGCUUGUAUUCUGCAGCAUGUUAUGGACACAAUAAUAAGGCUACAAUUUCAUGCAUGGUUUAGUGAUCGAUUCCUCUUCCCAGGAAACUCUGGGGGUUGUAUCUGUGAGAGGGGAAUAGCCCCUCCCCCCCACAAAAAACAACAACUCUCAACAUCCUUACCAAACUACAGUUCCCAGCAUUCUUUGGGGGGAAGCCAUGAUGGUUUAAAGUGGCAUGAUACUGCUUUAAAUAUAUUGUAGAAUGGCCCAGUAUUGAAAGGAAGACUUGGUGUUCCUAUAUAGCACUUUUAUUAAGUGCUGGGCUAGCUCAGUCUGUAGGGCAUGAGGCGCUUAAUCGUGGGUUUGAGCCCCAUGUUGGGCAAAAUAUCCCUGCAUUGCAGGGGUUGGGGGCUGGACGACUCUUGUGGUCCUUUCCAACUCUACAGUUGAUUCUAUGCUUAAGGCAUAAACUAUCUUGGCAAUCCUUCCUCAAACCCUAUAAGCCAAUCUAGUAUUAUUAUUCCCCUGGGGUUGAAGGGAAGCACAUGAUGAAAGAUGGUGGCCUACCUAAGGCUAUCCAUACCGGAGUUUUUUGCAGUUUGAAAAAGUGACAGGAAAUGCUUUGGCAGUGUGAGGUGAGUGGAUUAUUAACAAGGAGACAUGAAAACAUCCCACAGCCAGGAGGAAUGAUCAAUAAAUACGUUGUCUGGAAGGUGCCAGCUCAGAAGGGUGGGAAUGACUAGGAGUUGGGGCGCAGGAGACGCAGUCUGCCCAGCAUCUGACACUCUGCCUGGUGCAAGGCUGGCUCUACAGGAGACCCAGUAUAAGGAAAGGGGCAUCCCUUGAGGGGCUGUACAAAGGAAUCCGGGCCUUUUCCAGGAUGUGCAAUUUCUAUCUUUGUACUGAUAACCAGAUAUACUAGAUGUCCCUUUUAUUCAACAUUCAUGAUGAUAUUGGGGCAGCCAUAUGCAAUCCUGCUUUUAAUAUUCUUUGCUCCUGCCAAAGUUACACUGCUUCACUUCCAAUCAGCACAUCUUCUGUGGCUUAAAUAAUACACCCCCAAUAAAACUUCGGUCUGGAGAGGCCCUUAGUGCUGCUUUUUGCCCAAAACCAUGGGCAAAUACCAGACAAAAGUAAAAAGUUGCACAGGGCAAAGAGGAAGGGAGAGGCAGUGGGUAGCAGACAGCUCAGGAAACAGCUGGUCUUUUCGCUACAAGGGAUGGAGCAAUGGGGACCCUCUGCAGCUUCCUCUCCUCUUGCAAUAGGGCUGGGAAGCUACAGGAAAGCUGACAUGGCUGAUUGCAUAAGGAUUAACAUUGGACUCACAUUUGGGGUGACUCAAGGAGCCAGACAGUUGCUCAAGCCACUUGCAGAAGCUGUGUUUGAAGACCUGUCUGUUAUGGCAUUCCCGAAGGAUAAUAGCUUUCACUGGGUAGGUGUUAGGUGACCCUAUUCAUUCUCAUAUAUAACAAUGAGAGGUUUUACUACUAUUAUGUAUAAUUUUCCCUAAAUAAGAUAAACUAGUAAUGCACGGUUUGGUGACAGAAUAAAUGUUCUCCGUAUAUAAAGCUUCUCCUUUGAAACCCGCCCCUUCCCCCAAUAUCUGCAUUUAAGGAAUCUUGAAUAGCAUGGAUGACGAAAAGCCCUGGCCUAAUUCCCUAGGGAGCUACAUUUGAGAACUGCAUCCAGAGGAAUUUCAGACCAUUGGUUCAUCUACCUCAGUAUUGUUUGUUGGUCUUUGAGGUCGAUCGGUCUCUGGAGUAGGAUUCUUGCUUUGGGUUCAGGAGGGCCCUGGGUUCGGUUCCUAGACAAGCCCAUGCAGUCAGGAGAAAGAGCCAGGCUGGAUCUACACUGACCUGCUUAACUGAGCUGGAUGGACAAAGGCCUGACUCUGUGUAAGACAGCUGCCUUACGUUCUUCUUUAACUCAGACCUUUAUUCAGAAUGAUGAGGACUAGAAUCUCGCUUUAUGUUUAGGGGAAGGGCCGUACCUCAUUGGGAGAGUGCAUGAUUUGCCUGCAGGAGGUUUCACGUUCCAUUCCUGGCAUCUCUAGGUGAGGCUGGGAAUGUCCCCUGUUCCAAAACCCUGGAGAACUGCUGCUGUCAGCACAGAUAAUACUCAACUAGAUAGACCAAAGGUCUCAGUAAAAAGCAGCUUCCUAGGUUCCAAAAGUGCCCCCCCCAGCCCCGCUAUUUACAUCACACAUUACAGUGGUACCUCUGGUUAAGAACUUAAUUCGUUCUGGAGGUCUGUUCUUAACCUGAAACUGUUCUUAACCUGAGGUACUGCUUUAGCUAACAGGGCCUCCUGCUGCCGCUGCGCCGCCGGAGCACGAUUUCUGUUCUCAUCCUGAAGCAAAGUUCUUAACCUGAGGUACUAUUUCUGGGUUAGCGGAGUCUGUAACCUGAGGCGUUUGUAACCUGAAACGUUUGUAACCCGAGGUACCACUGUAUUUGCAAAAACAAGUGGCCAAGUGUGGCUUUUUAAAUUUGUUUCUGAGAACUCUUUAAAUCUAUUUAGAUUAACGUAGCAAGGAAAUACUCAUUGCAUUUCCCAGAGACAAAUGGCUUUGGGCUACUUAGCAUGUGCCAGAUAUUUGGUGUGAAUCCCAUUUAUCCUUCUGUUCUCAGGACCCCCUGUGUAUGGUGUAGUGGCUGUUGCUGAACCAUUUGUGUCUCUACUAAUAGAAAAGUAACCACCUGUGAUUCCUACUGGGUGGGAGGAGUGAAAGAGGGGGAGGCAUUUACCACCUCUGAACUACUGGGCGACUGUUGACCUGUUGAUAACCCACCCACUCCUCUACUCACAGAAAAGGAAUUUUCCUAAUCUUCACAGCGUGAAGUUUUAAUGACAGGAAGUAGGAAGCAGGAAGCUGGUUACAAGUGCUGCCAUAGGAGUUCAGCUGCAGAUUCUGAAGAAGCCAGCCAAAACCUAGAGUGGUGAAACCACCAACUUAACCUAUUGCCCAAUUCAGGGCAAAGCUCUGGCCAUCCCAACCUCCCAGAGAUAGCUUGACAUUGCAAGUCUCUUCACAACUCUCCUUCUGAAACUGAAGGUUGCUCAUUAUCCCACUACUGUGGACAUAAAAUGAGGCCUCUGUCUCCCGGAGAAGGACUUUCCCCUCUUGGGCUGCUCAACCGAGGGCCCGACUACCUCCGUAAGCAGCUAGAGGGGAGUACCGGGGGGCGGACCCCGAGUGCCGUGGAAAGGCUUGAGGCUGAUAAAGCCAAAUACGUCAAAUCUCAACAAGUUAUCAACAGUCGCCAAGAGCCAGUGCUGCUCUGCUACACCUUCCAGUCGUCUGCUUGCGGCAGAAGAGCCUUGACCCUCCACCAACAAGGCGAGUUCUCUCAGGUAGGCCAAGAUGGCCUUGGGCCCAAGAAGCUGCCUCCUUCUCCUCAGUUGCCCAUAGCACGGAGAGGGGGUGGCAGGCGCAUGCUGAGGCCUGAUUCGCUUGUCAUCUACCGGCAGAAACGGGACUGUUCGGCUGUCAACAAGGAGAACGCCAAAGGCUACAGCCUAGUGAGGCGGCUGUUUCAAAGCCCGUUGAGAGAUGGGCAUGGUGCCUCCCCUUCCUCUAGAGGCAUGUUGGGAGAUGGACAGCUACAAGUCACGCAGGAAGAAACCUCCAUGGUCUGGGUGCCGGCAGAAAAGGAGGAAACGAGGACCAUAAAUUCAGUAGGCAUUCUAAUGAGGACGUCCGUGAGACGUGCUUCUGAACGCAGCCUGGGACACCAGCCUAGCUCCCAGCUGGUUAUGGACCAAACCUCUUCUUCCACGAGCCCAGAACCAUCAGACUCCAAGAGAGAGCUGGCACCAAGUUAUUCUCUCCCUCUCUCAGAGAAAGAGCGUUUUUUUAACUACUGCGGCUUGGACCAGAACCUGGUAGAGAUGUUGGGAGCUGAGCGGUUCAAGCCGGGGAGUUGGGAAUUGGGGUCCUCCUGUGUGGUCCUGGGGAGUGUGGGGUCAGCCAGUUCUGAGCAUGACCGUCUCUCACUCAACGAAGAGGAGCUGUCUGCAGAAGAGCUGAGCGAGAAGCCACUCACGUCAGUCUCUGUCAUUGAGCGAAACGCCCGUGUCAUUAAAUGGCUGUACAGCUGCCAGCAGGCCCUGUCUGUGGCCAAGGAGUCCACUGUGUGAAUGGAAACAUGGUCUCAAAUGCAAUUCUUACCACAGGAAAGGGAAGGCCAGGCGGCUGGGCCUCACUGUUCCUGUAACCUUGCAAGUGCCAGUCUUGUGCCUAAGUAAGGGCCCAGUUCAUGCCAUCUUGAUGAUGGCAACAUUCCCAACAUGGGAAGCCGAGCAGGGAGUGUCUCUCACCAUGGAAUUAUGGCAGGUGGUGUAUGAUGGAUGCUGUUUAAAACAGUCCUGCAUUGCCUGUGAAGUAGAAAGGGAUACACAUGUCAGGACCAAUGUGAUUUUCAACUGAGGCCUAAAUUAUGAAGGCAAAAUUUGGGGGUUCGGGACAAAGAAUUUUCCUCCUCUCUUUCCCCGCUGUGAGUAGUGGUGACCAGCUUAUAAAGUAUACGUUCUAUAGCAGGGAUGGGGAACCUGUGGUUCCCCAGAUAUUGCUGGACUACAUUUCCCAUCAUUCCUGACUCUUGGCUAUGUGGACUGAGGUUGAUAGGAGUUGGAGUUCAACGACACCUGGAGAGCCAUACGUUCCCCAUGCAGGAGUGUGAGUAAAUCUUCCCCUCCCGCAGUUCUCAACAGCGAGCAUGGUGUAGGGGGCUAGAGUGUUGGACAGGGAAGGCUUGGGUUCAAAUCCUCCACAUGGCCAUGAACCUGCCUGGGAGACCCUGAGCCAGUCAUAUGCAUUUUGCCUAGCCUACCUCACAGGGUUGUUAUGAAGAUACAACCAGAGCAUCUCAUGGGAUAACCCCGAAGUUCUGUGGAGGGACGUGAUGCAAACAUGAUCAACAGGAGAUCAUUAGUGUUACAAAGCACUUCUCAGGCUUAGCCCUUCUAUGUUGUCAAGCAACAAGCUGCCAGAGAGCCACCACUGUGGCUAGUGGGGUGUAUACAAGCUCCAGUCCAGACUGUGUGAUUUUCAUGCAGUCUGGGAGAAACGUUUUGUGGUUGCCAGGCCCUUGACUCUUACUCUACUGAGCCAUUCCGUGAAAUGAAAGCAGGAAGAACAGACGCAAUCUUUGAACUUGCACAAUCUCUAGAGCAGGCCCUCAGUACUGCACCCAAUUCUGUUUCCUUCUGUGCCUUCCUUCCUCAGAGAGUCUCCAGAUAUUCAAAGCAAAAUCCAUGUUCGUAUCUCUUUUCUUUUUCCUCAGAACUAGCUUUGAUGGCUCAGGAAGAUGGGGUUAGCUUUAUGAAUGGGUAUUAAUAGAAGCGCUCAACCUUUUUCUUAAUGAUCGGCCAGGAACGUAAGAAGUGUCCUGCUGGAUCAGGCCAGUGGCCAAAGUAGUCCAGCAUCCUGUUCUCACAGUGGCCAACCAGGCACCUCCAUGGGUAGCCCACAAGCAGGGCCUGAGCACAACAUCACUCUCCCCAAUGGUGAUUCCCAGAAACUCGUAUUCAGAGGCAUAUUGCUUCCAACGGUCCAAAGCAGAACAAAGUCAUCGUUGAUCCGAAACUGAUGGGUCCUCCUGAGGGCCAGCUAACAUCUUAUUUACAAUUAAGAACUGUUACCUCUGUCCCUGAAUUCUUAAUAAAAGUAAAGCUUUUUGAAGAAUCGCUCCAUCUCGAAGGUUUCUGGCAGAAAUGUCAUAAAUUAUAGAAUCAAAGAAUUGCAGGGUUUGAAGGAACCCCCAAGGGUCAUCUAGUCCAAUCAUCUCCUUCAACUAUGGGUUCCUCAGCUCCAGCAUCCCUCUAUGAAGCUUGGGUGAAACAGUUAGGACAGCUGCUAGGUCGUCUUCGGUCAAGGGAUUGGGUUCAAAAAGGCAACAUCCUGCACUGCAGUUGGGGGCAUCAGGCUACUAUUAAGGGUUGUCGAAUCUUUGGGGCCAGUGGGUGCAUUUGGAAUUGUGAGCAAGUGUCAUGAGGGCCCAUUACAGAAUGGCUGCUCCUGUGAGGCGUGGCAGAACACAAAAUGGCUACCCCAUCUGAAAGCACAGAAAAUGAAGCUAGACCACAAAAUAAUGGGGCAACUCCCAUUAGCUGGCACUUCAGAGAGGGAAAGGUACCUAUGCUGCCCACUGCCACAUAUGGCCACAGAGAGAAGCUCUUUGUACCUCUUCUCUUUUCAUAAUGGUUAGGAAGAUAGACAGAGAAAUGUGGGCCUGCUUCAGGGGGCAUUUUCAUUGCAGGAGGGGCUGAUCCAGUGCAAAUAGGAACUGAGCAGGAAGAGCAAGUGGACUCUUGUGCCCUGUGGGGUUCUGAGGGGAUAGUUACUGAAACCUUUUGUGGGCACCAUAGGCAGUACUGGUGGGUACCUUAUCAUCCAUGAGUAUCAUGCUGGUGUCUCUCCACAGCUAGUUUAAUAUCAAGACAUGUGACACGCAGGGUUUUAUACACUCUGACACCUGACCGAGGCAGCUGCCCCAUUUUACCCAAUGGUUGGGCUGGCUCUGGGCUUCAUUUGAAAAGUCUGUAAAUGUGGAUACUGUUGUAAAAGUUCAGCACCCUAAGAGCUUCACAGCCUGAUUGUGGCCAAACUAAUGGAUAUAUGAAACGUGUGAUUACCUUUCACGUAUCUGCCGCUGGUGGUAGUUGUCAAAUAGCAGCUACAGGAGGGCUCCGGUGAUCAAUACCACAGAGAAGGGAGGGUUUAACCUUUUCCAUCCUGUACCAUGUUUCCAACAAAACUAACCCCCUCAUACACACCCCAAUGAUGCUGUUCACUCCAGAAAUAAGCAGUGGUAGCUUUCCACCCAGAUCAAUAGACAUUUUUCAGGGAAUGUGGGGAUUUUCAUGAGACCGCAGCAUGGGGAGGAGGAAAGGUUUGGUGGUCCCAAGUCUCAUUGUGUUAGGCUCUGCCUCUAUUUAUUUAUUUCUUAAAACCGUAUGUGUUAUGUAACAAACCUGGGUUUGCUGCCAUGUAAUGCAUGGAAAGUUGCAAAUAGGGUGGAAUCUACACACAUAUUAAAAACGUGAAAAUGUUUUUUUAAAAAACCGUUUUGAAAAAUGCAUUGAGUUUGCUAUAGCUCACAGUCGCCAUCUAGUGUCACAAUUCUAUAUUGAACUUUACAAUACAUUCAAAACGUUUUGUUUUCAGCUGUAUAGCUGAGUCCUAGGUGUUCCUCUUUUGCUUCCCGAGACUGUACAAAUACUGCCACCUGGUGGCAGCCCUAGGAAUACAGGAAGAUCAUCUUACGUCAAAACUGCACCUGCCUUUUAUUGGGAGACUAGCAGGAUUCUCUUCAAAUCCACCUCCUGAUAAUCUUUGCUUUCAUGUUAAAACAAACCCAAGUUUCUAGCCCUCAUGAUUGCAGAACAUGUUUUUAAAGUGUUUGAAGAGUGCAAAUCUCAAAAGCCCAAAGGACUGCUGAAUUGGAUUUCUAAUGGCCUUCAGGGCCCUGCAUAAGUUCCCCAUAAUUAGUAGAAGCAGACUAAAUUAUGCAGACUAAAUUAUUCAGGAGAAAGUUAGAAGAGAUUGAAUUCAAAAAUUUGCCAGAAAAUUAUUUUCUGAUAAAUUUCAGCACAGCCCUAAAAACACAAGCACAAUUUGAUCCAUUCCACCCUGAACCUUUUACUUCAAUACCCUGUGAUUGGUUUCCUCUUGCUUUCAGCUGCACUCCUAAUCUUCAGCUACAACUAAAGUUGAAUUCAACCUCUUCCAUCUUUCUCCUGAAUAGCUGGGGUACA